AUGCCCCUCGACGCGGGACCCCGAGGCGAGGGCGAGGACGAGGACGAGGGUGACGAGGAGGGUGACGACGACUAUGAGGACGGCGACGAGGCCUCCAGUCCUGCCCCGAGGCGGAGGCAGGGCCUCAGGCGCGCCAAGGCGGCCGCCGGGAGGGCGAACGGUGCACAGAGGGGGCAGCAAACGCAGUCGCAGACGACGAACACGCGCGUGCUUCGGGCCCGCGCGAGCACGAGUGCGAACAGCGGUGGUAGUGCCGGUGGGAACGCGGAGGCAUCGUCCUCGUCCUCGUCUUUGGGGGCGCGCGGGCGGUCGUCGUCUGCUGUCGUCGCGAACGGGAACGCUGCGGCCUCGGGCUCAGGCUCGGCCGUCCGUGCGGCGGACCCCCAUCACCACAAUCUGCAACACCACCACUCGCACCAGCAGCAUCCGCACCCUCUGCUUCAGCAGCAGCAGCAGCAGCAGCAGCAGCUCCUUCAGCAACAACAUCAACAGCGUCUGCAGCAGCAGCAGCAGAUUCAGCAGCUCCAGCAACAGCAGAUUCAGCAGCACUCGCAUUUCCAGAACCACCAUCAGGGCCAACAUGCUCAACAGCAGCCGCAGCCGCAGCCGCAGGGCGCGAACAAGGUCCUCCGCAUAUUGGAGCUCAACGCCGAGUUGCUCAAGGUCUGCAUAGACUUCCAGGCGCGCGCGAUCUCGCCGAAAGACGCGCGGUUUUUGGAGUACGCGAGCCGACUACAAGCGAACCUCACCUGGCUCGCGACGGCCGCAGACGGGCGACAGACGACGAUCCCGCCUCCGCCGCUCUCGAUGUUGCAACCGCCGCCGCCGCUGACGCUAGCGGUUGAGCGCGCGCAUGGGCCGCCGCAUCCGACGGAGCGCGUGCAGCAGAUGUAUGCGGAGCUGCCGGCGCUGUUUGCCAAGGACCAUGCGCGGAUGCAGAUGCAGCAGCAGCAACAGCAACAACAGCAACAACAGCAGCAGCAGCAGCUUCAACUUCAGCAGCAGCAGCAGCAGCAGCAUCUUCAGCAGCAGCAUAAUCAGCAGCAGCACAAUCACCAACAGCAGAGUCUGGGACUUCAGCAGCAGCAGCUUCAGGCGCAAGGGCACCAACAAAACGUUCAGCAGGCGCUCCUCCUCCAGCAGCAACAGCAGGCGCUCCACCAACAACAACAGCAGCAACAUCAACAACUGCAGCAGCAGCAGCAGCAGCAGCAGAACCAGCAGAACCAGCAGAACCAGCAGCGCUCGACAACGGCGACGCCCGCUCCUGGUUCGAGCCACGCGCCGACGCCUGGCUCCGGCGCAGGUCCCGCGUCGUCCCAGGCCCAAGCGCACCUCGCGCAAGCUCAAGCUCAGGCUCAGGCACUGCGCCAGCAGGCGCCGACCCCGACGCCGAUCCCGAUCGCGAGCGCCAUGCGCGCUUCAACGUCGACGCCUACGCCGAUGCCGGUGGCCCACGCGCACCCGCAUGCACAAGGCUCGGGCGCGAACGCGAACGUGAACGCGGCGAUGAUGAUGAUGGCGCAGCAGCAGCAGCAGCAGCA